AGGAGCGUAGCAUUCUACCUUCUACCUUUGCUUCCUCUUCUGUCCUUUGAUUGCGCCGUCCAUCUCAACCUGGUCAACAUACUCUCACGUAGACCAGCAUAUCCGACCCUUUCGACACAACAGACUGACUGCUGCUCGCAAGCACGUCACCUUUACCACCAACCACCAACACUCCCCAACACGCCUGGUGCUCUCCUCCACUUGUCCUCGUGGUCACUACCGCACCACAUCACCUUCUGGCCACAAUCAUGGCAGGCAACAACAAUAAGCCAAAGGUCAGCUCUGCCUCGUCGGUAAAAGCUCAGCCUCCCGUUCCCGCACGCACCGCCUCCAUUGGCGAAGAUGAAGAACAGGAGAGGGCACUCAGGAAGUUUGUAGAGACACAGGGGCACUUUAGUCUUGUUCGCAACUUCCGCCUAGCCGAUGCCUUCACCAUCAUGAAUGCCUUUUGCGCCGGCCAAUCCCUCUUCUUCUCUGCACGCUACCUCGCCACGAACGACACCCAGUAUGCCUGGCUGGCACUCUGGUGUCCCUUUUUCGGUGCCAUCUUUGAUCUGCUUGAUGGUAAGAUUGCUAGGUGGAGGGGAGGAGGAAGUAUGCUUGGACAGGAGCUAGACAGUCUGGCCGACUCGAUUUCCUUUGGCGCCGCACCCUGCGUCGCAGCCUUCACCCUCGGCCUACGCACUCCCGUCGACACCCUCAUCCUCACCUUCUUCAUCUGCGCCGGCGUAGCCCGUCUUGCCCGCUUCAACGUGACUACUGCCACUGUCCCGCAUGACAAGUCUGGCAAGGCCAAAUACUUUGAAGGUCUACCCAUCCCCACCUCUCUCAUCCUCGUGGGUGGGAUGGCUGCCAGCCUCCUCUUUGGCAAAUUCGAGGGAGCAGAAACUGUCAGCAUGACCGGCGGAGCAUGGCAGUUCACCAAUCGUCUCGUAGGCUUCGCAGCCGGCUCCUCCUCGUCCACAACGGGCAAGACGGGCCAGGUGUUAGGUCUGGUAAAGGGAUACACGUACGGCGUUCCCUUUGGAAAAGUCGUAGUGGGCCUGCGCGACGUUGCGGCUGUGGUGGGCAUCAAGAUGGGCCCCCACCUCAGGGGUACGAGGGAGCAGUGGUAUGAGAAGCUCACAGUCGAGUUUCACUGGGUCUCACUGGUCUUCCUAGCUUGGUCGGUGGCCAUGGUCAGCAAGACGCUUAGGGUUCCCAAGCCUUGAGUGCGCGAGCGUAGCGAGGGUCAAGAGUAGAGGGAUGGGCGGAGAUCAGUGCGACAAGACGGAGGAGCUCAACAGGAAUGCAACAUUUGGGUUUGUCAGGAAGGAAGAAAUGGGGAGGCACGACAUGCUCAAGUACCUCGAGACGUCACACGG